UCUAACCUCUCACCACCCAGCCAUGAAGUUGAUCCACGCCGGUGACACGGUCAAGAUACCGGAUGGUUGCUCGGUAAAGAUUGACAGGCGAAUUGUCACAGUUGACGGCCCCCGUGGAAGUCUCAAGAAGAGCUUCAAACAUUUACAAUGCGAGCUGAUCCUGCUGAAAAAAUCCAUCGACAUCAAAGUGCAUUUCCCCAACAGGAAAGCAGUCGCCUGCGUCCGAACCAUCUGCUCUCACAUCAACAAUAUGUUUAUUGGUGUCCAACAGGGCUAUAAGUACAAGAUGAAAUCUGUCUACGCUCAUUUCCCCAUCAACAUCAACAUUAUCAACGACAACACUCACGUCGAGGUGCACAAUUUCUUGGGUGAGAAAUUCGUGCGACGUGUAAAUCUCCUCCCCGGAGUUACGUGCAAGUCCACCGGUAACAAAGAUGAGAUUAUGGUGGAAGGAAACGAUGUGGAAAAUGUCAGCAGAUCAGCAGCCCUCAUCCAGCAAUCCACAACCGUCAAAAACAAGGACAUUCGUAAAUUUUUGGACGGUGUUUAUGUUUCUGAGAAGACCUUUAUCCAAGAGUUAGCUGAGGAAUAACUAAAUUUGGGAUAUUUUUAUUUAUUCUAAAAUAAUAA